UGCAGCAAAUUCAUCAAACUCAUGGGACAUUACAUCCGGUACCCCGUCGACAUGUUGCUUUUGCCCGUGUCUAUCCUUUUCGGCUAUUUCCACGGAGGUAUCAAGAUGUACGCAGUUCUGACACUUAGUGUGGUAUGUUACAAAUCCCGAUCCUUCCUUCACCUGAUCCCACCACCCAAUUUACGCACCGCUCGGGAGCUGCAGCAGUCUAGCUCCUAUCUACAAAGUCGAUGUGCUGUCCAGACUUUCAUCGGCAGUAGUCGGCUUUAUGUCCCUACAAAUAUUCCUUGCUAUCAUCCCAAUACCUUGUAGCCAGCCCCUCCCGUGCAAUAUAGCUCGUGGGCCCGUCCUCUCUCUUCCCCUCAUUCCUGGUUCUACUCUACACUUGAAUUCCUCAUUUGCUCCUCCCCCUCUCCCCUGUCCCCCAAAACAAGGAAAGAAUAACACGAGAGCAAUAUUUUUUUUUUCUGGGCCCGGCCAAGCUGACUUUCUUGUUCUAGACCACAUGGGGAAGCCGGGAUGGUGCCGAUGAUUUCGACGCAGAACGCAUGAAAAAACGAACAGAUGUUGAACACCACCUGAAAGCACCAGCUUACUACCCCAAAUUUAUCACUCACAAUUCGCGACCGGCACAGCU